AUCGGGGUCCUUCAGGGUCCUUUGAAUGCAUGUGGCGCGAUAUGGGAAACAGUGGAUAAUAGUUUGACAGUAGGAGAUAUUAUUAUCACCAUUUGGCUCUCUAUUUUUCCACCAACAUGUUUUCUGCUGAGCAAAGCUGUUGGUUUGUCCGCAAGGUAAUUUGCUGGAGAGCUGUGGCGAGUAUUGCUUGGGCUGUCCUAUUGUUGCCACCCAUCACAGCCGUUUUUGUAAUCCUCAGCAGGUUCAGUCUCCUUCAUCCGAUCCAGACGGUAUCAGAAUGUCUGACCUUCUUAACGAGUGCAAGUGUCAUAUUCUCCUUCAUCCUGCUUUGUGGAGUCAUCAUCAUGGUGGGGUUCCUCAACCUGGAAUAUUAUACAGUCAUUCCAACUAUUGCAUGCUCGAAAAUCGCCCUGUUGGGUCAGCUGCUCCACCCUCGUCACUUUGUCAAUUCCCUGGCCCACUGCAUCAUGGGAAUAAUCGUGGCUUGGUGUUGUGCCAUCACCAUCGGGGGCAGAUAUGAGGCGGUCGCCUACCCUUGCACACCGGGGGAUGGCGCUGACAGCUCUCAUCAGAUGUGUCUGAACGAGUAUCACUUCAUCCUUCUGCUGGCUGGAGCCUUCGUUGGGUUAUCUCACAGUAUGCUGGGUGUGAUCUACAACAUGAACUAUGUGCCUUUUCACACUGUUCAGCAAUACAAAUACCUUCGCUUUAAGGGAUCCCUACCUAUGUUGGUGAAGUGCAGUGCCACUCAGGCGCUUUACUCGGUCAGGAACUACAUUGUUUUGUAUUUCUUUUUGGGAUACAUUCCAAAAGCAUGGAUUUGUAAAACACUGAAUCUGCAUUUGAACAGCUCUGUCCACCCUCUUGACAGCAUAGCUGGACUGUUGGACCUAAACCUGCUCUACCAGCUGUGGGUCAGUGCCGGUUUCCUCCUCCUCACAUGGCACGUCACACUGCUGCUCUUUAGGAUCUUUGUUACUGAGGUGUACAGUUUCGCUGUGCAGUCUUCUUUUACCGAGGAUGCCCAUCAGUGUCUUCCUAAAGUUCUUACCGGCAAGCAGUCCAUGAUAUUAAAGUUUUUAGCUCUGCAGGAUCUUGCUCUGCUCUCUCAACACUCCCCACUGAGACGCGUGGAGGUCUUCAGUCUGAGUCAGCCAGGUGGCCAUCCUCACAACUGGAACGCCAUCAGUAAGGAGUGUCUGUCUCUUCUGAGUGAUCUCACCCAGAGACUCAUAGCCUAUCAUGACACUGUAGCAACCAAUGGCCGGGCCAAAUCACUGUCUACUGGGAGUGAGAGGAAGACUUCAUCUGAGACAUCAGUAACCUCAGGUACAGAUGAUCUGAUGAGCCCGAGGCCCACCUUUCUGAUGAAAACCCCAGCGUCGGUCUUUGCUCGCUCCAUUGUUGGCAGCCCUCUGACGGCACCCUUCACUCCUGACCUGGACAGCCCUUUUGCUUCUCCCGCCCUGCGGCGUCUUACUGCUCCUCCGGACCCAUUUUCCCCUUGGUCCGGUACAGUGCAGAGCCCACACAUCAUGAGGAGAGUCCCAAAACUCUGGUCCACCUCUACAGAUUCACAAGUCAAUGGAAGUCCCCCAGCCUCCCCUGCCUCAGUUCCCAGUCCCAAACAGGAACAGUCCAAACCAAGUCUCCUGGCUCAGUUCCUCCAAAACAGAAAAGAACAGGUUAAACAUUUCUUGGCAAAGCGCGUGCUGAUAAUGUAUUUGUUUAACAAGCUUCCAGAAGCCUCCAGUCAAGCUCUGUUUGCAGACAGCCAGGCUCACAUCUGGGCUUUAGAAGGACUGUCGUAUCUGGUUCAAGCCUCCUUCUCAGAAGACCAGUUUGGGGUUGUACAGACUGCAUUACCCAGCAUUCUCAGCUGUAUGCUGGUCUUACAAGAGGCUGUAGAUCGGCACUUCAAGCUGCCUCACGCCUCCAGUAAGCCCGUCAGGUCGGCCAGCAGCCUGGGAGACUCCACUCACAAAACACUGCGCUUUGCCCUCAGAGCCACUCUCAAGACUGCCAUCUACAGGAUUACUACGACUUUUGGAAAUCACUUAAAUGCUAUUCAGAUGUCUGCAGAGCACCGGAAAAGACUGCAGCAGUUUCUGGAAAACAAGGAGUAAAACACCUGACACUCGGCUCUUGUGCCUUCAGAUUCUUAUCAGCGUGUGCGCAUUAGCACGAGUGGGGCCAAUCCUGAAAGCCCAUGAUAGUGCCUCCUUUUCAUAUUUAUGUGUGCGAGAUGUCAUGGUGGAAUGUAUUUGAUGGGCUAUAUCACGUCCUCCAUGUGUGAGGCUUCCUGCCACACUGACAGACUGAACCAGGAUGGAAGCCCAGCUGUUCUUCCUCUUUAAGAGAUUUAAACUAGCUCACAGUACACAAAAACAACUUAGUCCAAAAGAUGUUUCAUUUCUAUUACGAGAUAAUGAAUUUUGACUUGGCUCUCGUGUGGAAAGUUGUAAAGGGCUUGGUUUUACAUGAUAUGCUUUUUGGUACUGCACUUCAUGGGCUGUCUCAUGGUAUUAUUAUAUCCUUCUGGUUUCAAAAGAUUAUCGUUUGGUGUGAGAGAGUCGGUAUGUCGUGUCAGUGAUGAGAGAGAAACUGUGUGGCUCUCUUCAGCUUGAUGGGUAUCUGAAAUGUGAAAACAUAUAUAUAUUUUUAAAGAUCUGGUUUUGUUCUAAACACCAGCCCCUGAAUGCCCCUUCAGAUGUACAGACCGGACACCUGUUUGUAUGUUAACUAUUUAGUUUGUCAGUUUUUGUUCAUGAGAAAUGAGGCUGUCUUUCAUGUCAGAUAAAGGAUGGAGAUUUGGUGUGACUGGUACCAAGUGUGUGGAAAAUGUUUGGAUUGCCAAUGCAUAUUGAGUUUGAUACCCACUCAAGAGACAUGUUGAAUAAAAACAUUAUGUAAAGAUCCA